AGGUAGGCACCGUAGUGGAGGUUCUUGACAGGCUGUCUCGUGCUGGACCAGUGAAAAGCACUUACCCAUUAACCUUUGUUCAGCUAAAGCAGUAUUUUGGGUUUGUACUGUACAGAACUGUGCUUCCGAAAAACUGUACAGAGCCAACGCAACUCUCUUCACAUUUGAACGGAGUUCAUGAUCGUGCCUAUGUCUCUGUCGAUGGGGUUCCUCAAGGUGUUCUUGAGAGGGACAAAUCACUUGUGAUAAAUAUAACUGGGAAGGCUGGAGCAAAUCUAGACAUCUUGGUAGAGAAUAUGGGCCGAGUCAACUUUGGUAGAUAUAAUAAUGACUUUAAGGGUCUAGUUUCAAAUUUAACUCUUGAUCAAGAUACACUCAUUGAAUGGGAAAUCUAUCCUCUAGACAUAGAUGGAGCAGUGAACCGUGACAUUAAUGGCAACCUCGAUCAACCAACGAGAUCUCCUGGUGAUCCACAGAGUUAUGAAGCACCUACUUUUUACACUGGUAAACUUUCAAUUCCUGAAGGGAUUCCAGACUUGCCUCAAGACACAUAUAUCAACUUUCCUGGCUGGACAAAGGGGCAAAUUUGGAUCAAUGGCUUUAAUCUUGGUCGCUACUGGCCAGCCCGUGGUCCUCAGAUGACCCUUUUUGUUCCAAGGAAUAUACUUGUUUCAUCGAUGCCAAACAACGUAACAGUGUUGGAGCUGGAGCAUUCUCCUUGCAGCACCCAGGCAUGCGAGAUAGAGUUUGUAGACAAACCAAACAUCAACGCCACCACACAGCAUGAAAGUUAUGCCCCACAACUCUUCGUUAGAGACAUACAGCUGAACUAUCUAUAAUUUCAGUUUUUUCUUAUCUUCUCCCC